CAUGUUUUCUUUCGCAGUUUCGCAGUGAUUUUACAUGCAUUUUAACUUGUUUGUUUUUACAUUUGUUUCUCAUAUAUAUACAAUUUUGCUUUAUGAAGACGCAAAAUGGCAAAUCAGGAAAUCAGUUUAAAAUGGAAUGGUUAUCAGAACAAUAUAUUAUCAAACGUAAAGGAGUUAUUUAAGGACGAAGGUUUAUCAGACGUCACAUUAGUUUCGGAAGGGCAAAGUUUUAAAGCUCAUAAAGUUAUACUAUCCGCAAACAGUUCAGUUUUUAGAACGAUAUUCCAGCAAAACCCCCACAAGGAUCCAAUUAUAGUACUUCAUGACAUCAAUACAGACUCUUUACAAACUCUAUUACGGUUUAUGUAUAAUGGUGAAGUAAAUGUAACUGAAGAAUUUUUGCCAAUACUGUUAAAGACUGCUGAAGCUCUAAGAAUAUGUGGUUUGUCCACUGGAAACGAUGCUAAUAAAGAUGACGAGAAGACGGCGUCAUCAACACAGGGUUUGUCCAAAAAACGAAAGAAGAGUGAACAAGAAGAUAGUAAUAAAAUUAAUAAAAAAUCAACUUCUUUAAGUACCCCUAAAAUAGAUAAUGCUAACACUGUGUCAAAUUCUGACAUUCCCAAAAGUACUAACAUUGUACCGAAAGUAGAACCUGUUGACUCGCCACUGACGGACUAUUCUGGAGAGAAUACUAACGAUUCUGAUAUUGCUGUCUUAGAUGAUACUUUGGAGAAGAAAUACUCAGUUAGUACUGAAAAUGUUUCAAAUAAAUCAGUAUGUACGACAGCAACUGAUCGUUGUGUUAAGAAAUGGAUAAAUGAAGUCAGUAGUACACAGCCAUGUUUGAAUGUGAUAAAUGAAAAACAUAUCGAACAAGAUGAUGAAAAAGAGAUAGAGAUUGACAAGGAAGUAGAAACAGUAUUACAGAGCGGUACUAUUGUUGAAUCAUUAAGCAUAACAACAGAGAAUUUGAACUUUGUAUCUAACGAAGUUCAGAGUGUCAAAGACAAAACCAACACGUGCUAUGCAAAUCCAUCGUUUCCGUGCCCAUUCUGCCCUAGAGUCUACAACAGCUGGGGUUAUAGACGUAGACAUGUUAAGUCUAGGCAUAUGACUAAUAGGUUGUCAUGCAAAUGGUGCGUAUCAGUGUUACCGUCCACGGGGGCGUGGUAUUCCCAUGCAACUAGGGCUCAUGGUGUCCCACAUGAAGAAGCGAGAAACUCCUUAGUUGUUAUGGUGGAGGCACAUGCAGUACUUACAUUAAAUGAACCAAGCGUUGCUCAGCUAUUGACUCAAGUUGGUAUGUCGGAGAGUAACGACUCAAGCAUCGGUGACAAAGCGAAGUAG